AUGGUGGAGGAUCUAUUGGAAAUGGGGCGGAUGCCCGCACCCGUCACGCAGCCCGUCCACCCCACGCAGUUCCCGUGCAAUGAGGUGGGAAAACCCAGGCAGGCCUGGCCGACGUUCGUUUCGUUCGAGGAGGUAGCAGCGUUCAGGAUGCAUGAUGGGACGCCGGGCCCGGGGAUGGUGUACGACUGCACGGCGCGGGAAUGGCAAGAGCCGACGGCAUUGGAGAGGGAGCUAGCAAUGGGCUUUAUGGAGGAUGCCACGGCGCACCCCGAGGAACAUGACGAGAUGCAGCACGAGCGGGGGCAUCCGGUUGAGAAAAGGUGGGUAUACCCAUGGGAAGAGGAAGACGAGGUGCCGGUUCAGUACGCAGAGCAGCUGGAGAUUCGACUGCCGGGGGAAAGGGAAGAAGCUGUGGUGGACAAAAAGAGGGAAGACUUCGGCUGGUUGGAGGAAGCAAUCGAAUGGCAACGCAGCAGAGAGAGCUAUGGGAGGAAAUUCGGGUCGUGGGAGUUCGCGCUGAUGGCCACAACGAAGGAGGGAAAUGACACCGUGGGAAGCCGCGCGAAGAAGAGGAGAAGGGGAAUGCAGCGGCGGCAGGGCUGA